AUGCCUCGCUCCUUUUUAGUAAAAAAGGCCAAAUAUGCAAACGACUACGGCAGCAGCAGUGGCAGUAAGCAGCACACUUUCUACCGGCAGCCAAGUCCAACUGAAGGGGAGACAGCGCCCAACGCCGUUCAUCACUACUCCACCUCCAUUACCACCAACCGCUUCUCCUAUGGAUACUCGCCGAGCGAUGCUCGUGCCAUGCAGCUGGAGAAGAGCAGCAAGGACGCUUCGAUCUCUGCAAGCCACACCAUCAACACGCGUAAUCGCAACUUCCUCGACCUGAGCAACAAGAAGGGUGGCUACAACCUGUUCAAGGCGGCCAACAGUAAGAGCAACAACAAGGGAGGCGGCGGAGUGGGUCGAGCCAAUGUCCACUACAACAGCGACGAGAAUGAGGACUCGGUGACGUCGCUCUCGGAGAACGAGGAGGACUCCGAUGACAAUCUGUCUAUCUUCACCACCUCGGAGGACAACUACGACUCGCAGUCGGACGACGGCGAGGUGCGCGUGUCGAAGCGAGGUCGCAGUGGUCGCAAGAAGAACGUCACCGUCAGCUACACCUACGACGCCUUCUUCAUCAGCGACGGUCGCUCUCGCAAGCGCAACAUCAACGGCAGCAGUGUGGUGUCCACGCCCACCGAGUCCAAGGAGCGCACCCGUUACACGUGCACUGAGUGUGGCAAGCACUACGCCACCUCCUCCAAUCUCUCCCGUCACAAGCAGACGCACCGCAGUCCGGACUCUCAGCUGGCCAAGAAGUGUCCCACCUGCCACAAGGUCUACGUCAGCAUGCCUGCUCUCGCUAUGCACGUGCUCACCCACAACCUAAGUCACAAGUGCGAUGAGUGCGGAAAGGCUUUCUCUCGACCAUGGCUCCUGCAGGGUCACAUGCGAUCACACACUGGUGAGAAGCCGUUUGGAUGCGCACACUGCGGUAAAGCAUUUGCCGAUCGCUCCAACCUGAGAGCCCACAUGCAAACCCACAGCGCUUUUAAGCAUUUCCAGUGUCAUAAAUGCGGCAAAUCGUUUGCUCUGAAAUCUUAUCUGAACAAGCACUACGAGUCGUCGUGCUUCAAGGACUCCUCUGCCAAUGGCAAGGACCACAACAUCAGCUCUGGCAGCAGCUCACAUAGCGAGGAGCAGCAUAAUGGUGGUGGCAGCAGUGGCUCCUCGUCACUGGAGAAUUUGCCGCCUCUCGGCGGCGGUCGGAGCAACAAUGCAAGCAACGGUGCGAUCGGCGGCAUGGCCAACUUUGGCGGCGCCAGCAACGGCGUCGGUGAUAAGCAGGCCACCACCGUAACUCGUUCCAAGGUGUUGCAGCAAAACGGCGCCGGGCUACUCAAGCGAAAACUGAGCGAGCCCAAACUUGAGUAA